UCAUUUCCGUUCAGGAAGUUGGUCGUUGGCAGCAUUGGAGUCUCAAGUGCUCGGAACUGCAAGGUGAGCGCGCUGUAUUCAGGUGCGGCUCGGGGAGUUAAACAUGUUGAAAGUGUUUCAGGUGAGUCUCCGCAGGGCGCGGUGGGCAGGGCUUUGUUCUCCUGCCCGUUCUCUUCCCGUUACGGCCUGUGCGGGGUCAGUGCCUGGCUCAGAGUCCGCGGUAGGUCGGGGUUUGACGCGGCAUCUCCACAGUAGACACGGGAGGAGAGUGAGCUGCACGGUGGACCCGAGCCUGGAGGAGCAGUUCGUAUUUGUGGACUGUAUAGAUGCAGAGGAGGACCACCAUCUGGAGGGCAAAGACUUGUCCUCCUCCUCUGCUGCCGCUUCCUCAGAGCACUACAGCUCUCCUUCUCGUCCUCCUCCUCGUGGAUCUCCGGCUGAUCAUCCUCAGGUUGCUCCUCAGAGACGCCUGAGGUCUCUGGAGCGACAGCUGCAGGUGUUGAAGGGUGUGGAUCAGCAAGAGGUGGAACCAAACAUUCAGUUCCAUGAUGUUGACUUCCCACUGGAUGAGAGCAUCAAUGCAACAAAGAAGAAGAAGAAAAAGAGGACAACACAGAAAGGUGAACAUAAAGUCUUUGGCACGCCGGACGUGAAUCAACCGUUCAGUGACACCCACUGCACGGGCUGUGGUGCCGUCCUGCACUGCACCUCCACCGCCGUCCCGGGAUACCUUCCCAGUGAGAAGUUCAAGGUGCUGCUACAGGAGGAGCGCCUGAGCAGAGCCACCUGCCAACGGUGCCACCUCCUCACCCACCACCACAAGGCCCUGAACCUCCACAUAACCACAGACCAGUACCGCGCCGUGGUGCAGCAGGUACGGCCGCUCAAGGCUCUGGUGCUGCUCAUCAUCGACCUGCUGGACGUCCCUGACUCCAUCAUCCCCGACCUGCCCCAGCUGGUGGGGACCAACAAGCACAUUGUCGUCCUGGGCAACAAGAUCGACCUGCUGCCUGGUGACUCGCCCAACUAUCUGCAGCGAAUCAAACGGCAACUCUCUCAGUAUUGUCACGAUGCCGGGUUUGGUAGCCAAGUGACCGACAUCCACCUGAUCAGCGCUAAGACUGGGUACGGCAUCGAGAGUCUGAUCUCGAGCCUGCAGAGGUCCUGGAAAUAUAAGGGUGAUGUGUAUCUGGUGGGCAGCGCCAACGCCGGGAAGUCAACGCUCUUCAACACGCUGCUCGAGUCUGAUUACUGCAAGUGCAAAGCCUCCGACGUCAUCCACAAGGCCACCAUCUCACCGUGGCCUGGGACGACUCUGAACCUGCUGAAGUUUCCCAUCAUCAACCCGACUCCGUACAGGAUGUUCAGACGACAGGAACGACUGAGCGAAGCAUCGAGACAGACGGAGAGUGAGCUGUCACAGGACGAACUGAAGGCACUGCAGCACUUAAGCAAGCAGGCAUACGUAGUGGGUCGUGUUGGCAGAACGUUCCUGUCCGACACCAUGUACAGACGAAACAAGAUCGAGUUUAAUCCCGACAGUUUAGCUUUUGGAGAAAACGAAGACGGAGAAAGUGUCACAAAAGCUCCCAGCAGGUCACCUGAUGAGUUCACCUUCAACGAGCUGAAAGAUGCUCACUGGCUGUUCGACACACCGGGAAUCAUGAAGGAGAAGGAUAUCCUCAGCCUUUUGACAGACCAGGAAGUGAUGUCAGUGGUUCCCUCUCAGGCCAUCGUCCCUCGGACGUUUGUGCUGAAGCCCGGUAUGAGUCUGUUUCUGGGAGCUCUGGCCAGGAUCGACUUUUUGCAGGGAGAGAAGUCCUGCUGGUUUUCGGUCGUGGCCUCCGGCCGAGUCCCGGUUCACAUCACCAGUUUGGAAAAGGCCGACAGUGUUUAUGAGAAGCACGCGGGACAUGUCCUGCUGGGGGUUCCUAUGGGAGGGUCAGAGCGUAUGAAGGAGUUUCCAGCACUGGCUCCACAGGAGUUCAGGUUGGAGGGUCGAGGUUACCUGGAGGCUGUUGCUGACAUCAAACUGUCAUCUGCAGGUUGGGUGGCUGUGACGGCAGCAGAAGGUGAGAAGGUGUUGUUAAGGGUUCAUGGUCCGGAGGCAGCAGCUUACAGUCUGAGGAUGCCACCGCUGCUUCCUCACAUUGUCUCUCUGAAAGGAAAACGCAUCCGAAAGUCUGCCGCAUACAAAACCACGAAAGCGAUGGGGCUGCUGGACAGUGGACUGUCAGCCAGCGGAACCGAGAGUCUGCAGGUGAAGAAGAAGAAGAAGAAAUGAAGUGUGGUGCCUUCAGACAGGUGGACAGUCAGAGCUACAGGUGGGAGGAGGGUUUCUACAGGGACAUAUGACUGUCCCGCUGCAGAGGACGCAGACAGAUAGACAGUGGUGGUCUGAAUGAACACAAAGUGUCACGGCAGUGAUACUUUGUGUACAUACAUGCAGUAUGUAUAUACAACUACUGCAUUAGAAAAUUGCGCCUUGGACUUUGACCUUCAAGCUUAUACAUCCGCUGCAGUCCAUAGCAGGACAUUUGAAAUAAAUGUGAGCCUUAGAGAGGACACGUGAGUUAGCCUCCAUCGUACAAAGGAUUGUGGGUCAGAAAAGCCAGAAAAAAGCAAGACAAGAACAAAGCAAAAUGCUGCUGGAUGCAGUAGACACUGUAGUACUUUUGGCAUACUGCAUGUCACAUACUACGUGUUGGAACAUACUGAAUCAUUUUCUGACAUAUUAAAUCGUAUGGUAGUAUGUGUAUUUGAAUGCAGCAGUGGAACCUGCUGUGACAGACAUAUUUUAAAGAACGUAAACACGUUUUUGUAUACGUGUUUAUUUUCUUCCGUUUCUUCUGCAUUUGAAGCAGCACAUUAAAAUCUGAACGUGUU